CUACAAUCACUCCUACGACGCGUCUGCCUGAAGAAUACCCGUUCUUCACCCGUCGCGCCAAUGCCUGGUGGCAAAUAUGGCGCUGCGCUUUCUUUCCGGAACCGAAGAGCGGCGGUGAUGAAUAUUUCUGGGCGUCGCACCUCUACUUUGUAUCAUUUACGAUCGAUACCGUGGUCUCUCAUUCAAAUACGCUCCAAAUCAGCCAUGUAUCCACCGUCCUCUAUAAAGCUUUGGAAUCCCAACCAUGGCAUCACAUUCGCCUCUACGACGCGAGACGAAGCGUCACAUCCCCGAGUCGACCUGCUACGUUCCCUGCAUACGACCCCGCCAUACGCCAGUCAGGUUGCUGAAGCUGCAGAAUCAGACCACGAGACUGUCGUUUCGGACGAUGACGCGCUUUUCUUUACCGCUUCUGAGUAUCAGUCCGCGUCAGACACGGAUUCUCCCACACCCCAUCCGCCUGUGGCGUGCGUCAAUAGUGCCACACGGGAGGACAAGGGCGGAGCGGAAGUCAGGGGGAAUGUUGAGCCCGUGGAGCCUCCGAUCACGAGCCUGGACUUCAAGAUCUCGGUCAAGGAUUUCCGCGAAGCGCAGAGCGCGGAGAAGGACUCUGCGAAGUCGUUCUGGUCAUACGCACUCUAUCGAGGCCCCUCCUGCGAUGGGAGCGAGAGAAAGGUGAAGGUUCAUUAUUGCAGGAGCAAGCAAACGAUGGAGAGAGUAUGUCAGUAUUUUGUGGAUGACAAGGUGCUCGGAUUGGAUCUCGAAUGGUCUUCGGAUGCCAGAAAGGAUGCGGGCCCGAAAAGGAACGUCUCCCUGAUCCAGCUCGCCAACGAGAGCCGCAUUGCCCUGUUCCACGUCGCUCUGUUCCCCAACGAUGACUUGGUUGCGCCGACCUUUCGGAAACUCAUGGAGAAUGCCGAUGUGAAAAAGGUCGGUGUGGCUAUCAAGGGGGACUGCACACGGAUGCGGACCCAUCUGGGCGUCGACACAAAGGGCCUCGGCGAGCUCAGUCAUUUGUAUAAACUCGUGAAAUACUCUGGCAAUGGUCGGGUUGACUUGAUCAACAAGAGACUAGUGACUCUCGCCUCGCUGGUCCAUGAACACCUUGGGCUACCCUUGUUCAAGGGCGCCGACGUCCGGUCGAGUGACUGGUCGCAACCCUUGAACAUGAGUCAACUCAUGUACUCGGCCUCGGAUGCAUACGCUGGCUUCCAGCUGUACCACGUCCUCGAGGAGAAGCGGGAGAGACUCGACCCCACUCCACCACGGCCGCCCGAUGCCGAGCUCAACAAACCGAUCCAGCUCGCGGAUGGACAAUUCAUAACGGCGGCAAAUGAUACCGCCGUAGCCGGUGAUCCCGAUGAUCGUGGGUCGACUGCGGUCCUUUCGCUCAAGCAAGUCGAGGCUAUCAGAGAGAGCCUGCAAAUCGAGCCUGAGGGCCAGUCGAUUGCCGAGAGUAUCAGGGCGGCGCCGAUCGCCUCUCCCAAACAACGCCAGAGAGAUCCCAGGGUCACUGCUGCUGACGAGCAGCUGGUCAACUACCGGGCCAGUGUCAAGACUCUUCGCGCCACACCAUCCGCCGUACGCGCAUACUACAUCUGGGCGAACAACGGAGACCUUCCGCCUGACGUCAUCGCAAAGAUCCUGCGGGACCCGCCCCUGCAGACGUACACUGUGGUGAGUUACAUCCUGGAAGCCAUCAAACUAGAGAAGCUGCCGUUCGACAAGAAGCGGCUGCGGAACGAGAUCCUGCACCUCCUCCCAAAAGAAGUCCUCCAGGGCAGAUAUAAGGCCUUGAUGUUAGAGGCUCACAAGCCCGACAUCGUCGACACACCGUCGGUCGCCUGAAUGACGCGUGCGCGUACGUCACGGGAGGGGGGGAGGAGUCUUGCGUCGAGUGCAAAAAAAGAAAAAACUCCCCAAAAAACAACAAAAAAACAAGGGUUGUUCAGUCAAGCAUCAGAUUCACCACAAUAGAGAUACCCGCAUUGGUUACACGAUGUUCACGCGCACACCACAUCCGUUGCCAUUGCUGGAAAUGCGUGACCAGGUUCGAACGGCGAGGCCGCGAGUCCGCCGCGCGCUUGGUCGCUUGUGCCGAACCGUACGUCAGCUUGAGGAGGAUGUGAAGCUCUUGCAUGUUCAUUCGGAAGAGUUCGUGAUCGACAUGUCAUUGGGCCGUCAUUCGCGCACUUGUACUUGUCGAAGUGCCCCUCGUCGACCACCAAAGAUUGGAACAGAGGUCAGCAGGGGCUUUGGAUCCGGAAGCUGCUCAGAUGGGCGCGGUGGUCGAAUGAUUGUCUGGUAACCAGGGUGACAUGGUUAUCAUACCCGCCCCUAUCAAUACUUUUAUCAAACACGGGGUGGGAGAGGCCCUCCGACUCAAGAGUAUGACGAGGACUCUCAACUCUGGCAUGGGGAAAGUUGGUUCGUCCCUUGAAUGUACACCUAUCGGAGAGCGCCAGGUCGUCGCACGUGGCGAAGAGGGGAGGGAUUGUCACUCAGUCACCGGGAUGUUCUUGUUGGGCUGGUUAGCGAAUUGGUUGCUGCCCGCGGGCCAGUUGUCACGAAGAGAAGCAUUAGCCAACGGGCGAGUCCGUUAAGAGACCAUCCUGGCCACGAUGGCCGCAACGUGAUGACAGGCCGUGCCUGUCGGCGGGCAAGGGGAAUGCCAUGUUGGAUAAAACACAUAACGGGAGACGGGAUAUCGGGCGUAUGGGAUUGCGCGAAUCGCGUGCCACCGUUACACGUCUUGUUUAAGCUCGUGGCUGUGAAGUCGUCCGCAACGUCGUUCCUCUGCUGGAGGUACGACGUGUAUAUACUCAGCUCUGACCAUUCAGGCUUUGCUGCCCCAUCAUAUGCUGCUCCGACACACCAGAGUGAGGUUGUUCGUGACAAUGCCAUUUUCGAGGGUCGGGCGGACAUGUCCGGGGCGGCCGAGCAAACGAGCAGCGAACAGACAGACCUCGAUAGUCCCCCACAACAGGAGAACAUCAUCCCGAACCCGUCGUAGCUUGCGAACGGACUUUCCCAGGCGGUACAUCCAUCGUCUCAUCUCGCCCACGCGACAUGUGCAACGUCGAAGUUGCUAACGGUCCGUCUGAAAUCGAUCUUUAUAAGGCUGCGUCGUCUCGGCAGCUCUCCAGGCAGCUAGCUCUCCAGGAGAUGGAUGAUAUGUUGUAAACAGUGAAGGGCGCUCGGUGUUCGUGCGAUGUGCUCGGGUAGUUUCAAUGAUGCGACUGCGGCUGCUUUCAUCUUCCAUGCAUCAUCAAUGGAGGUCUCCGCCACGGGAUGAGCAACGGCGACCGAUGGCUCUGCGAAUCCGACCCCAUAUUCGGCGUCGGCCUUGUCUGUGCCCGAGCCACGGCGUAAGACGCCAGCGGCCGGCCCGCGACACAACGGUAGACAACAAGACAUUGGAGUGGGUAUGUGGAUCCCCAUCUCGUAUUUCGACGACGUGCCUCUUUUCCACACUGAGAUCGCUGUAUGUACGCGUCACAUCCGCAGGCGACUUGUGAGGAGCGUUUGGUCCAGCACAUACGACGUCCAGACCACUCGCGUGGAUAUGUCUUGUGUCGACGCAAACACGCUACAGCGCGCAUGGAUGCCGCCACCCGAUCGGCCCAUGGAAGACGAAAGCUUAUCGCCGCGGCUGGUGGAUAGCCAAGCAAUGCUGUCGGGCAGGUUUGUCGUUGAGUCCAAGAAUGGUAUCGAGCUGAAGGUUCAAUGGCGAUGGGAAAUGAGCAGUGGCGCCAAUGUGGGGGCGGAUUGAAGCUUAAGCCACACCCAAUUUGCACCGCACGUCGUUUGAGAUUCUCGAAUUUUCGUCGAAAUGGAAGGGGUUCAGAGAUGACGACGUCGCUCUCGAUCUCACGUCAGGGACACGAGCGAGUUCGCUUGGGAAACGGGCGACCUUCGUCAUCGGAGCCGAGCCACAAGAUACUUGGGUUUCAGUAUCAUGGAGAAACGAAAUAAGACAGCCGCUAUCUACCCGGUAUUCGUAUCGAUUCAAGUGGUGCAAUAAAGGGAUUGAUUCCUUCGACAUACUGCCAAUCGACAGGUGGAACCCCCACAGAGAAAGAAGGGGUCUGGAGUUUCAGGCAACGGCGGGAUCGAGCUGUGGACUGAACACCCUUCAUUGAGCAACGACUUGUGAAGCUGAACCUACGCCCUGGUUAUCGGCCAUCCCGCAGCUGGGAGGUAUCAGUGAUCACAUGGAGUGGGACCACUUUCUGCUGGCGGUGUGGUCAACGUGGGACGAAGGCCGAUCCGACAGGGGUCCAAGGACAACCGUUCAUCGCGAAUAUAUGGGUGAUAACGGCGAGAGGCCUUACCUUGAACGUGUUGUGCGCAAACGAAGGCGAAGUGGCUUCAGCCGUCCACCAGGCCAGCGUAGACUUCAGAUGACACGGAUGACACUCCAACGUGAGAAUUGUCA